AUAAUAUUCAAUCAAAAAAAAAGUAAAUAAAUAAUAAGCUCAAGCAACCCCGUUUUUUUUUACUUAGAGUACUUUUCCCCUUUGUUUAUGCAAAUCUCGUCCUCGAUUUUUCGGAAUUUCGAUCUCCCUAUCAUCAGCAUCUCAGGAUCUCAAUCUCCUCUUUGACUGAUCGGUUAGGGUUUCCCAGCUCCCAGACGAAAUCGCUACUCGCCGACAUCGAACAAGCGAUUACCUAGAUUCACUUCUAGGUUUUGUUGGCGGAUCUAGCCAAGCUCUCCUCCUUCUUCAGCGACGGCGAAGCUUUUCAGCUCCACUCUUCCCUCGCAGCCAUGUUCUGGAAGCUCACGUCUCUCUCUGCAUCUUCUCCUGUGGAGACGAUACUAGACAAAGAUAAUUUCACGUUGGAAGAGCUUCUGGAUGAGGAAGAAAUUAUUCAAGAAUGCAAGGCUUUGAAUAGCCGGCUCAUUAAUUUCCUAAGGGAGAAAACUCAAGUGGAGCAAUUAUUGCGGUACAUUGUUGAAGAACCUCCAAAUGAUGCUGAUAAUAAACGUGCUUUCAAGUUUCCAUUCAUCUCGUCUGAAAUAUUUACAUGUGAAAUUGAUGUUAUUCUAAAAACUUUGGUGGAGGAUGAAGAGCUGAUGGACUUACUGUUUUCCUUUCUGGAACCAAAUCGUCCUCAUGGUGCACUGCUUGCAGGCUACUUCAGCAAGGUUGCCAUUUGCCUUAUGAUCAGAAAGACUGCAGCGCUUAUGAAUUAUGUAAAAGGACAUCAAAAUGUUUUCUGCCAGUUGGUUGAUUUGAUUGGGAUAACAUCCAUCAUGGAGGUUUUGGUUCGCUUGGUCGGGGCUGAUGAUCAUGUCUAUCCCAACUUUCUGGAUGUGAUGCAAUGGUUGGCUGAGAGCAAUCUACUUGAAAUGAUCGUGGACAAACUUAAACCAUCUAGUCCUCCGGAGGUUCAGGCAAAUGCAGCAGAAACAUUAUGUGCAAUUUCACGGAAUGCACCAUCAGCUUUAGCUACACAACUCUCUAGCCCUGGCUUCGUUGCUAGGAUAUUUGGUCAUGCUCUUGAAGACUCACAUUCAAAAUCGGGUCUAGUUCAUUCGCUUUCAGUAUGCACUUCUCUGUUGGAUCCAAGGAAAUCUGCUGCUUCAUCAUCUAUGUUCAAUUCUUAUAGAGGUCAAAAUACGUUCGAGUCUCCUGUCCCAGUGUCCCAGGAGACUAUUAGUGCCAUGCUGCCUAAACUCAGCGACUUGCUUAUGCUUCUCACUGUAGCAUCUGACAGUACAGUAUUGCCUACAACAUAUGGUGAACUGAGGCCUCCUCUUGGAAAGCAUCGUCUAAAGAUUGUGGAGUUCAUUGCAGUUUUGUUGAGAACUGGAAGUGAAGCUGCACAAAAGGAGUUAGUUAGUUCAGGAACAAUUCAAAGAACCCUUGAUCUGUUUUUUGAGUACCCAUACAAUAACGCUCUGCAUCAUCAAGUGGAGAGUAUAAUACUUUCUUGUUUGGAAAACAAGAGUGAUUUGAUGGUUAACCAUAUUCUUCGCGAAUGCAAUCUGAUUGGCAAAUUCCUCGCUUCUGACAGGGAUUCAGAUCUCUCAGGUGGUAGCCAGCCCACUAUAGCCGCCUCUGGGAAAAAACCCCCUCGGGUUGGAUAUGUUGGACAUAUCACAAGAAUAUCAAAUAAAAUUGUUCAGUUGAGUAACAGCAAUGGCCAGAUAAAGGCAUACCUUCAGGAAAACAGUGAAUGGAAUGAGUGGCAAGGUAGUGUUUUGCAGGAGCGCAACACUGUUGAGAAUGUCUACAGAUGGGGAUGCGGGCGCCCAACUACAGUACAAGAUAGGAUAAGAGAUAGCGAUGAGGAAGACAGGGAUUACGAUGUUGCAGCUCUGGCCAAUAAUUUAAGCCAAGCAUUUAGAUACAAAAUGUAUGGAAAUGAUGACAAUGAAGAGGACCACAAUGCUCUUGAUAGAGACGAUGAUGAUGUUUACUUCGACGAUGAAUCUGCUGAAGUAGUAAUUUCAUCUUUAAGGCUAGGGGAUGACCAAGGAAGCUUGUUUACAAAUUCGAAUUGGUUCACAUUCCAAGACGACAGAUUCGGCAGCACACCCAGUGACACAGCAGGUUCCAAUACGAUAGAGGACGUGGAAUUGAACAGAACCUUUAAUGCCAAUACUAGCAGUAGUGAUGACGACGAGGUGGUGGUUGGAGAAGAAGAGGAUGAUCUAACCGGAGUUCCAAAAGACAACGCGAUGAACACAACUGAAACCAGCUUCCAAAUGGAGAGCCCAAUGGGGUUCUUCGACUUCAACACGUCGGAGAAAACUGAAGAAGCUUUUGCCGAACAACCACCCGAAUGGGUCGGGUGGGGCGAACCAUCAUCUGAUAUGCAAACAAGUGGCAACGGUCUGAACCCAUUCAUAGAUGACGAUGAUGAUGACGACAGCAAGACCAUGAUGAACCUCGACAUACCAAUGGUUGAGGUAGAAACUGAAGCCGUGAUUCCGAACGGGUCGUCCCCUACAGAAAGAUCGCUGUUCGAGAAGGACGUGGAGUUUGUUGGAGUGGAAGCAGAAGGGACAGAGAAAGCGAUGGAGCAAGCGAUGAAAGAAGGGAUAGUCGGGGAAGCUGGAGCGAUGAAGAGGAACAUGGAGAUUGUCGAGGACCAAAAGGCGGAGGCAAGUUCGGGAGUGAAGGAGUUCAAUGAUAACAACUACUGGAAAGUUGACCAAGAAGUUGGAGUUUUGGAGUGAAAACAAGUAGCCUGAGAAUUCAGUUUAUCUUGUACAGUGUGAUUUUGUAUGAGAGAGUUUUAUGUAAGAAAAUCUGUUUCUAGUUGAAAUUUGGUGUAAGAGAGUCUCUGUCCCUGUGAAGAAAAAAAAGUUCUAGUUUCUGUUGAAUGUUUUGUUUGUUCUCGAGCGAUGAUGAUAUUUAACUCUUUUGUUUCGUUUGAUGAACAUCAAUGCCGAACUUUAGGGCGGACGGAAGUAUUCUAUAGGGGUUUUUUUCUUCUUUUUUCCAGACAGAUUCACUGAGACUUUACAUGGGAAAAAAAAAUUUCUUUGAAAAAUGAAAGAAUUGAAAGAGCUAAUAAACAAAAAGAAGUAAACAUUGGCUUUCACGUGUCUCAAACACAAAUGUCAGCCAAACAUCUUCUGCAAACAUAUUGCUUGCAAAAUGUGAUACGAACACAGAAUAAAACAACACUAUGUAAUAGACCUAACUUCAACUAAACCCCUAAACUCUCUUCAUCAGAUUUAAAAAAGUCACUAAACCCCUACUUUUAUACCAUUACAGUUUCAGAGACCAAACUCAAAACUGCACUGCCCUCAUGUCUUCAUGCUCCGGAUAUCACCCCGUGAAUCAUGCUGGUGUCAAACUGGCCGUCCUCCUUCCUCCUCAUCUCUAUGAUCUUCCUGUGCGAGUUUGAAUGCACAGAUGGGAUGAAGGUGGGGCUUGAGGCUGGCCUGUAUUCUGGAACUAGACGGCCAGAUCUGAACCGGACCCCGCAAGCGUUGCAGAGUGUCUUUGGUCCACUGGGUCCUUCCCUCCACUGCGGAGUCUUGGUUGUCUCACAAUGAGUGCAUUUCCGGACUAUCCCGUCACAGUUACUCGCCUCUGGAUUGUAAGACACCGUGUGGCUGCUCGGGAGAAUCCUGCGUUUCUUCUUGGCAGCAUGUUGCUCACAAGUCUCGGAUCCUGAUUCGCCCGGAGGGAACUUCUCGGGCAUACUGGGUUCAAACGGGUAAAGGUAUCUAGAUCUCAGUGUUGUACGGCGCUUGCGCUUGCUCCUCAUGCCUUUCACAGAAAAAUCCGCCAACCUCUGGGAUCUGGAGUUCUGGGGCGAGAAAGAACCGUCACUGCUCUCAAGAACUGACACUGGGCUUGAAGACUGAAAUAGCUUUGAGACUUUGAUAUCAGGAGGCGAUGAAGAUUGGUGGAGAUCUCUGUUAACGCCAGACAAGGCUUCAGAAGAACUGGACUCACAAUGAUGGGUACGGUCUUCUGAACCCCGACGCGGCCUCCCUUGCUAAUGCAACAAGAGGCGAGCUCAGAGGCAAAACUCGGGAACAUAUCCAUGGGAGGAGGCUCGAGGUCUUGAAAUUUGGCAUCCCAAUCUCCCUCGCCGUUGCUGGCAUCGAUGUCUUCUAGCGGAAGACCGAAGUGAUUGAUGAGAUCAUCAAAGAAAUCAUCCGAGAGACCUUUCAAGUCCUCCUCAGGUAACCAAUUCAUGCUACCUACUGCUGGAAAAAAAUCAUACCCGAGAGGGAGAGAGAGAGUCGUACGAUACGAAAUUGGGGAAUUAGGGAUUUGCAGGUUCAAAUUUGGGGGAGAGAGAAAGAGAGAGAGAGGGAAGGAGGGAGAAAAGGUGGAUGGAGUUUUCAAUGUCUCUCGUCGGUUUCUUCCCUUUUAGAUUAUAAGAAAAAAUAAUGAAAAAUGGAAAACAUGGAAACUGCUUUUCACCUCAACAUUUCUUAACUUUAAAGAAAAUCCGUCAUCAAUUUUUUUUUCUUUUUGGGAGGAACAGACCGAAAACUAAGAAAGAAAAUAUGUAUCAACGCGUCUUUACUAAAACAUUGUGUAACUCAAUAAAUACGAUUUUUCUUGUUUUUAUUGGUUCUGUUCAAAUCAAUAAAUACAUUAACCGAAGCAAUAUAUUAACUGAAUGUAAAUUCAAUUCAAACGUUGCGCAAUAAAGAAAGACCCAAUUUUCUGGUGCAGAUAAAAAUGUAACAGAGCCUCUUUUCCAGUAAAUAAAGAUAUUUACACGAAUAUUCUACGGAUAUUUGAAUUAACAUAUAGUAUAGGGUAAGUAACUGAAAAUAUUAGUCAAAUAUUGAUC